GAAACCUCCUCCUCUUAAGCCCACUUCCCUUCUCGCCUUUCCCAUCAUCGAUUCCUCCUGUUGCCCUCUUUCCUUCAUCGCAACAAAUCACAACCGUUCAGUCAAGGGCAUGGAAGGAGAAUCUGAAGACUACCCAAAGGACUCCAUCGGAGGGACGACGCGCGUCCACGUCACCGCCCUGGAUGGUCUGGUGAACGUCAAUUCCCUCUUCACGAUCGCCGUCUUCGUGGGCCUUUCGCUGACAACGCCUAACCAGAGGAGCCUCGAGAAUUCCAUCUGCGAUGCGGGGCCUGACGUGGCGAAGAAGCUACUCGUCUUUGAGGUCGUCUCCUUCAGCUUCUUCCUCUUCUCGAGCCUGGUGGCCCAGGGUUUGAAAUUAGCCAUUAAUCUGCUGAACAGCAAGGAUGUGGACGAGGCGUUCCGGGCCCACAUCAAUCUGACGGUGCUGAGGUUUGGGAUGCUCGGAUCUGCGGUCGGGUCCGUGAUGGGAUGCCUCUUUUUGAUGCUCUCGAUGGUGAACGUGAUUCAGAUAAGGUUGGGGAUGCUGUCGUGCAAGAGCCGAUCUUCAGUACAGGCGGUCGCAGCCCUCCUCAUACUCGUCACUACGGGCAUCUUGACGUAUAUUUCUACGGCCGUGUACGCCUUCACGCGAUAAGCACGUAUGCGUAUUCCGUAGGCGGCGCCGGACUAUUAGGGUUUGGUUUUUUUUUUUUUUUUAAAUUUUAAAAUGGUUGUUUUAUUAAUUUGUAUUUAGUUCUCUUUCUGGAA